CCAGCAGGGAGAAACAUGGACAUAACUAUCCAGCAUCCCUGGUUCAAACGCGCUCUUGGAUCCUUAUAUCCAAGUCGCUUGUUUGACCAGUUUUUUGGAGAAGGCCUUUUUGAAUAUGAUCUCUUGCCUUUCCUCUCCUCCACCAUCAGCCCUUAUUACAGACAGUCACUCUUCCGAACUGUGUUGGAAUCAGGCAUUUCUGAGCUCAUGACCCAUGUGUGGUUUGAAAUGCACAAACCACAUGCUGGAAACCCCAAGAACAACCCUACCAAGGCAAGUUGUUGGCAAAUGCAAGUGAGAUCUGACCGAGACAAGUUUGUUAUCUUCCUGGAUGUUAAACAUUUCUCUCCUGAAGACUUGACUGUGAAGGUGUUGGAUGACUUUGUGGAAAUUCAUGGGAAGCACAGUGAAAGACAGGAUGAUCACGGCUACAUUUCCCGUGAAUUCCAUCGUCGAUACCGCCUGCCUUCCAACGUGGAUCAGGCCUCCAUUUCCUGCUCCCUUUCUGCUGAUGGCAUGCUGACCUUCUCUGGUCCCAAGAUCCACUCCAAUAUGGAUACAAGCCACAGCGAUCGAUCCAUCCCUGUAUCUCGUGAGGAGAAGCCCACCUUGGCUCCCUCUUCUUAGGCUGAAACCUUGUGAGUCACAUAGGCUGCCUCCAUCUGCAGUCUUUCCUCACAAAGCCAUUGCAUAGAUACCAGGGGAAAAUGUAGAAAAGUCAAGGUUGUUUAUUUUCCUCUGCUCUAUUCCCUCUUUUGUUGUUGUUAUUUUCAUUUUCUUAGAUGGGAUGAAGGUUUGAGAGAGUCUGAGACAUUGGG